AUGGGUUCGACCAAUACUGCUCGCAAUCUCGAAGUCGACGAUGCCUGGAUCGUCCGCGGUGCCAACACCUCGACCCGCUCCAACCCCAACCCCCCCAACACGCGCCGCAAGCUACUCCUCGCAGCUUACCUAAUCGCCCACCCCACCCACGGCCUCAUCCUCUUUGAAACCGGUGCAGGAACCGACUACCCUGAAAUCGUCGGCCCCCAAGUCGACGACCUCUUCUCCCGCGUCGACUAUGACGCCUCGAUGAAUCUCGACGCCCAAAUCGCACUCACGGGCCACUCGAUUCGCGACGUGAAAAUGGUAAUCAUGGGCCACUUGCACCUCGACCACGCGGGAGGGUUGGAGUAUUUCAAGGGCACCAAUGUCCCCAUUUACGUGCACGAGCUGGAGCUAAAAUACGCCUUUUAUAGCGUCGCAACCAAGAUUGAUAACCACGUCUAUCUACCGCACUACCUGACGUUUGACUACAACUGGGUACCGCUGCAUGGCUCCCACGUCGACUACUUGGCACCAGGUCUUACCGUUCACCAUGCGCCUGGCCACACCCCUGGGCUGUGCAUCUUGCAGCUCCAUCUCAAGCGCACGGGAACCUGGCUGUUUACAAGCGACAUGUAUCAUGUAGUGGAGAAUUAUCGGGAUACAGUGCCCCAGGGCUGGCUGGUGAGGGACUACGAGGCUUGGUUUAGGAGCCAUGCAAUGGUCAAGGGGAUUGUGGGGCGCACGGGGGCAAAGGUCUUGUUGGGGCAUUGCUGGGAUACGGUGAGGGAGUUGGGGGUCGAGUUUGCGCCGAGGAGUUAUGAGUAG